AGUGGAAGCUGCCAUUUUACAAUAUGUCCUACAUCAACUAACUACAGAGAAACUAAUACAUUUGUAAAAUAUGAGCAUUUAGCAAUAUGUACCAGUAUAUUGCUAUACUGGUACAUAUUAUCCAAACUGUACCAGUAUAGCAAUACUGGUCAGAAUGGUCAGAUCUUUUUAGCUUUGAUCUGUCAGAUCUUUUUAGUUUUGAUCUGUGUGGAGUUUUUGAAACUCAGAAUCAGAUCACUCUUUGUCCCCGCUGUGAACUGAGCUGAUUAGUAAACUGUUUCAUCCCCAGAGAAGCUUCCUGUUUUGUUUUUUCCCACUCUCACUGAAGGAAAAAUGAAGGUCGGUGAAACUGAUUAGAUUAGCUUGCCAUGUGGUUCACUUAUUGAUAAUAGUUGAGCUCAAUUCAUUCAGGAAAUCUGGCUUGAGGCAAGUAGGUCAAUACAAAUUUGUUUAAAUUUUAAGAUAUUGCUUGUUCUGCUUUAUCAGUGCAAGGUGGACUGAUAGAACUAUUCUAUGAUAUGACAAAUGUAAUAAAGGUCCAGUAAUAUACUUGGUAAUUUUCUUACUAUUUAUUACUUGUCAAAAUGCAUAUGCAGAAUCUGACAAGACUCUUUUAUUGAAAUGUUUUGUUACUUUAACCACUUAUGUGCUACACAUGCCUUGAAUAAUUUUUAGUAUUGGCCAUUGUUUUCUUGAACAGGGGGUUUCCUGUUUUUCUGUGGAAUAGUGAGCUAUUCUAGUUUUAUUUUAGAGGAAGACAAAAUGAUGAGAACAACUUUCAAAUCAAUGGGUUCUGUGCAUGUUGUGGAGUGUGAAGGUUAGGCUGAGGCAAAAUUUUAAUAGGCCAUUGAUUCUAGACACAUUAAGAUAUAUUGGGAUUUUUUAAAUCUCCAGGGCUCAAUUUUGUCAUAAAGUUUUAAAUUAAUGUAUCAUCCAGUUCACAUCUCUCAAGUUGUUGAUUCACUUUUGUGAAAAAAAAAAAAUAAAUGCAUGAUUUUUUUUCAAAGUAUUGUAUAUAACCAUUAUAUAUGUGGUCAAAUAAGGGACAUUUGAUAAGCAGGGGGACAGCUUUUUUAGUUUCAGCUCUAUGCUAGUUGCAGAUGCAUUCUUCCAUAUCUUUGUGACAUUGUUUGAAGUCUUUUUAGUCUAUUUGGUGAAUAGAUUAGGAAAUAAUGCUUUCUCUAGCAAAGUUUUGCCAUUUUACUUUAUUUAUUUCUCUAUUUCUCUGGUGACACACUACACAACACCUUUAGCCCAUAAAAAUAGUCUAAUAGAUAACUAGCAGGGCUGUUACUGGUAUGAUUACAGAUGUUUGGACUGAAGGUAAGAUUAGUAUCCGAUGAGCCACAGUAGUUUAAACUAUUUCAUGUAUUAAUCGAAACUAUGAAAUUGUUAGAUGAUGAAAUAACUACACGUGUUCACAUUUUGAGAAAUGUCUAAGUGUAAUUAUUUAUAAACUGACCUGUGAAUACAUUUGUUUAUUUAUUUAUUUUAAUUUCAUGGCACUUAUCCUUAUCCUAAAAGAGUUUAUUUAAAUAAAUUGGAUUGUGGCACUAUGGUCUCAUCCAGUAAUUAUCGGUUAUUAACAUAACAUUUCAAGUAUGGUUGGACUGGAGUUAAGGACAGUAAUUCGUUUUAUUUUUAAUGGAAAUAAAAUCCGGGAGAAGAUCAAAUGAAUGCGGUCUGCUAACUGUCGAGUGACUGAGGGCAGAUGGCACGCGCUCUUCAACUCAAACGCUCUCGUGCUUCAGUAUCGCUGGAUGUCGGUGAAACAUUUUAUCAGGCUGAAGGGGAGCGUUAUUUUACCGCAGUUCCUGCUGUACGUAAGAAAUUGGAACGAAAUAAUGUGUUGGCUUUCGCAAACAGGAUGUGAACGAUAGAUGUGAGAUGGUCAUUUAGUGUGGAAGUAAGAGGAGAAACAGACAUCGGAAUGCCACAGCGUGUCUUGCUGCUGCCCUUCCUUCUUGUGCUCAUAGGAUAUGCUUUUGCAGGGCUCAGUAUUUGGCCCUCUUUCCAUGAGGCACUUAGCAAUGGGAGUGUAUUUGUGGACUUUAGCACAACAUCAAAUAACAGCACCAUCAUCAACAUGAGCCUCUCUCUAGUCAACAUGGAAACCAAUACUUCAAUUCUUUCCCGGACCCUCCCCGGCAACCCACUGGUUGGUAGGGAGGAGUUUGAUUGUUCCUGCUUCCUGUAUGCAGGAACUUUCCGGUUCCUGCUGAGGCAGACAAGCAUCACCACUGUUUUUCAUGCUAACAGAACAGAUGUCAGCAGCACAGAAAGCUCAGCCUCCUGGUGGAGCUCUGAACUGCAAGUGCAGUGGCCCACUUUUCACAUUUCUGUGGCGAAAGCACGAAACCACUCUGAAUAUUUUCAGGUUGUGUUAUCCUCUAAUGAACACUUUCAGGCUUGCUCCAGAGGCACUGACUCUGCCCUCUUCUUAGAAGUGAGUUAUAUGGAGUACAACCAGAUCGGACAAAGUACCAUUGACAAAGUUCGAGCUCAAACACGGAAACCAAUCAAGCCGCUUCGUUCGCAGAGCGUUGAGCUGCCCUGUGCUUUCCCGUUCACUGAGAGAGACUUCUUACGAGUGGCUCUGCGAUCCCCUCACACAGUACAAGAAGUGAAGGACUCUGUUCCUCUCUAUCUGUCCCGUAUUUUCUCCUACAAACUACUGGUGGAAAACGCCAAUGCUUAUAAAAGUGGCUGCAUGGGCACAAUGACUGUUAAGAUGAUAUCCCCACCUUGCACUCAUGUCAAUGGGAAAAUACUGCUAUAUAAUGCAGGCCUCGCAAGGCUGGGUGACUUAACUUCCCUGUUGAUGGAGUUUAGACCAGAGGAACAAUCUUCUUCUUUGCUUGCAUCUAAUUGGCUCACACAAGGGAAGAAUGAGACUGAAUUCAACUGCUCUGUUUUUUACCCAGGAAGAAAUAAGUAUUGCUUCCGCUAUGUUUUCAACAUCAGUCAAUCCCGUAGUCCAGCACAGACAUGUCUGGUGGUUUACAGAAGAGCAGAAUCUUGGGGACCCUGGCACCCAUGGAGUGUUUGCAGUGCGACUUGUGGAGAGGCAGUGAGGGAAAGAGUUCGAGAGUGUUUGCUGCCCUCUGGUGUGCGAGGCACGCAGUGCACUGGCAUGAUGAAGGAACAAUCUCUAUGCUCCCUGGAAGACUGUGAUAUGCUAUCUUCUCCAUCUCCAUCUCUUCCCUCUGUACCUGUGAGAGCAUCCCAGCUUGGUGGAAACAUGAUUGUGGUGUUAGGUAUUUCCCUCUGCUUGGCAGUGAUCAUGGCAACAGUUGUUGUGACUGUGUGGAGGAAGCUUUGCCAAACCCCUCAGUGUAGCUCAGUCCACAGAGGCUCCAUUCAUUCCCCUGGUGGGCGCAAACUUUCAGAUGAGGCCUCCAUCUGUGGCCAUAGCCUCCAAAGGCCCAGCCUCUCUGAUAGUCAUUGCCCAUCGGGGGCAGUUGUUCCCCAAAAAGAGAGACCCUCGCUCGGAGUGCAGCCUCUCUCACCACAGGCACUGAAAUCACUUUCACAGGAUCCAGAAAGACUAUCUCCCACAGGUCAGAAGGUGCUACCACCAAUAUUUGGCUAUCGUUUGGCUCAGCAGCAGCUGAAAGAGAUGAAGAAACAAGGGUUAAAAGAGGCCACACAGAUGUACCAUGUCUCUUCAAGCCCUGUCCAUGAUACUGUGGUAGAGACCUGCGCCUCACCCACCACCUCACCAAUUCCUUCACCUACUGAGUUUGCUUGUUCUGCCCUUCCCUUGGGUUUGCAGGACAAUGUCAACCACAGCCAUUUUUGUACAUCGACUCCCUUAUCUGGGACAUUGGGGGUCACAUCAGACAGACUGAGUCCAAGGGUGGAGAUAGUUUUGGGUCCUCCUCCUGUCUCUGGGAGGAGCUCUAAAUGGCGUGACCGCACAGCUGACUGGGUGGAGAUGGUAGAGAGGAGCAAGAUGCCCAGUCUUAGGGGAGAAGGAGAUAAAGCAUCGGCAAAUAGUUUCCACAAGAAUCCAAACUUCAGACGGACCUCCAGUUUUAGUGACACCAAACUCCUUUCGACUUCUUCGGCUCAGUCCACGCAGUUUAGAGAAAGGAGCAUGACCCAGGUGGGAUCGCGGACGCUUCCAGAAGGAAGUUCUUGGACCAAAGAAAGAUGGGAGAGACAGCCUCACCCGUCGUACCCCAUCCCAGAACAUAGAGUCUCAGACUGGAGUACUACCAAACCCCAGAGUAAUGAGCAGAGGAAGGUUUGGAUGGGGACAGCACAUAAUAGUCAAGUCAAGCACACUGGAACAAACACUAACAAUAUUUCAACAUCUGAGAAAAAUGCUAAAGACUUUAGUGGCAGAGGUGAAAGAAAGAGGCUUGCCGACCCUGACGGCAGAGGUGGAGAGUUGGUCUCAGGGAUUGGUGGUCCAUCCCUUACACAUCCUUGGUCUCAUGAGGUGAAACAGCUGGGUGUAGACCGAGCUGAGCGGGCUGAGCAGAACUGGAACCGCCGUGGCCCAUCACCUAUCCAAAGGAACAUCCUGGCCCGGAAACUGAAAGAGGCUCAGUCCUGCUCUGGAGCCAAGGGACGCCAGCGCAGUUCCAGCUUUAACGUCUCAUCAUCUGAUCGAAGGAAAGAUUGGUGCAACUCUCUGCCAAUGUCUAGAGACCAGAGCAGCAGCGGUGGCUCCCCCUACAGGCUAAGUGAGGUGGAGCAAAGGAUGCUGGACUUGGAUCUAUCCCCAAAUUUUGUACAGGAGAAGCAGUAGAAAGUCAGUUAUUUUUACAAUAUUAUGUUAACAAUUUGUAUAUGUUGAAAGAACAAAUAGAACAACUAACUCUUUAACAUUUUUAAUGCAUUACUUUUAAUAUUUCCAUGGUAUAAUGAGCACAUUCACCCUUCUGCAAGGUUAAACACCAGCUAGAUUGGUGAUAGAUUUCAAGAUGCAAUAAAAAAAAAAAGGUUUAUAUCAACUGUAAAUCUACAGUUUCAGCAAUGCUGUGAAGUCUCAAUGCUUAUUACAGUAACAAUUGGGGUGUGCUGUUGUUCAGGCAGGGAUUUUGUAUUCUAAUUUGUGUAGUAGUACAUAUGCAGUAUUGAACUGCAAUUGUGUUCAACAGCUGACACAGUGCCUUUGAUUGGGGUUAAGAGGGCUGAAGA